AUGUCUUCACAUCAAAGACAAGAUUCGAUAGCGUCGUUGAGCUCGACGGCGACGGGUAAUAUCCAUCCACAGAAGAUAGGGCCAUGGAAGCUAGGAAAGACUUUGGGAAGAGGAGCAACUGGUAGAGUAUUGUUGGCCACGCAUCAGAGCACCGGCCAGAAAGCUGCCGUUAAGGUUGUAUCGAAAUCGGAAUUAAAUGACGAUGAAAUGAAUAAGAAGUCUGCAGAUGAAGCAGGGUUGCCAUACGGUAUAGAAAGGGAAAUUAUCAUCAUGAAGUUGUUGACACAUCCAAAUGUGUUGAGAUUGUAUGAUGUUUGGGAGACAUCAAAGGCGCUCUACUUGGUCCUUGAAUACGUUGAAGGAGGUGAGUUAUUCGAUUUGUUGGUUGAAAGGGGUCCGUUACAGGAGGUUGAGGCCAUCAAAUACUUCAGGCAAAUUAUACUAGGCACCGCCUAUUGUCACGCGUUAGGUAUUUGCCAUAGAGAUUUGAAGCCAGAAAACUUGUUAUUGGACUCAGGAUUGAAUGUCAAGUUGGCUGAUUUUGGAAUGGCUGCUUUAGAAAGCAAUGGUAAGUUGCUUGAGACUUCAUGUGGUUCACCUCAUUACGCUGCUCCUGAAAUUGUUAGUGGAUUAAAAUACCAUGGAGCUGCAUCAGAUAUCUGGUCCUGUGGGGUUAUAUUAUUUGCCUUAUUAACGGGUAGGUUGCCAUUUGACGACGAAAAUAUCAGGAACUUGCUUUUGAAAGUUCAAGCAGGUAGUUUUGAGAUGCCAUCUGAAUUGAGUUCUGAAGCAGUGGAUUUAAUCGAUAAAAUGUUGACCGUUGACCCUAUGAAGAGAAUUCCAACUGAAAGAAUAUUGACUCAUCCUUUAUUAACUAAAUACCCAAUUCCAAACGAAGAUUUAAUAAGUGUCAAAAGUUUACCUCACCCCGAAACUGCUUAUAAGUCUUUAGGUUCGGAAAAGAAUAUCGAUAAACAAAUUUUGCAAAACUUAUCCAUUUUAUGGCACGAUAGAUCUCAAGAGGAUAUCGUUGAUUGUUUAUUAAAGACGGGAUCUAAUCCAGAAAAAACUUUCUAUGCGUUAUUAAUGAGAUAUAGACACAACCAGGAAGAAUCCGCUGGUUCUUCGCCAACAAGAUCAAACUCACAAAACUUUAAUAAUAAGACUGCAAAUAAGGAUAAUAAUAGAAAGAAGAGAAUGAGUCAAGUCAGUGCUUCAACGUCGAGAAAUAGGCCAGUUCUGUUUCAGUAUAAAAAUGGAAUAAAAUCUUCUAUUGGUAAUGGAAAUGGUAGACUCUCAACAACCUCGAGCGUCAAUAAUUCUCCUCGCAAGUCUCCUGCUCGUCGUUCUUCUAAUAGAUAUUCUUUUGCCCAGUCACCAAGAAAGUUUGGUGGAGCAAGUGAUGAAUCAACUCUCCAUAGUUCAUCAGUUCCCAGAAACAUUUAUAAUGAGAUUGUCAGUGCUCAAAGAAAUGGUCAAGGUGUUAUGCCUCCUCCUUUGCCAUCAAAGGAUAACAUGGAUUCUAAAUCCAAUCCAAUUGUUGACGAAGUAAGUAAUCAGGAUUUAUUAUCAUCGGCGAAAAUAUCACCAACAAAGAAUAAAAGGGGUUCAGUUAUCAGAAAUAGCAUUUCUAAAAACAGGUUAUCAAGAAGAAAAUCAAGGACUUCAUUUACACCAGGACUUAAACGUAAUUCGAUAACUACAAAAUUAUUAUCUACGUACGCUAAGUUAGCCGGUGAAACAGAUUGGGAAUUCAUGGAUAAGCAAACUAAAAGAACUUCUGCUACCUUCGCUACGUUAUGUGAUAAGAUUUUUAAUCAAGAACAAUAUGAUGCAGAAGAUGAAAAAUUGAUUGACGAAGAAGAAAAGCAAGCAAAGGAAUAUGAAAGGCUAAUGGAAAUAGAAAGGAAAAAGCACGAAGCUGAGUUAAGAGCUAGGAAAGAAUUAGCUAAACAAAGGAAAAGAGAAAAGAGAAAAUCGUUACUUUCUUCUAGAAAAUUAUCUAUUUUGGUUAAAGACGACGCAAACAACAGUGAACAAGAUAUAACUGUAACUGAUUCAGAUGCGCUUUCUCAGCCAAAAAGGCAAUCCAGAAACAAAGCUAUGCGUUCAAUUUCUGAAGGUCAUGGCAAAGAAAGUGAUGAUUUAACAAAGGAGGACCUUGAAAAUUUAAAAAGAAGAUCAGUAACUCAACCUACUCCUAGAAGAAGAAAGACUCCAGUUUUAACCAGAAGACCAGUCUCGAGAUUGGAUCCAUUAUGGACUGCUUAUGAAAAUGAAGAGAUAGAGAGAGCCCAAGAUGCUUUAGAAGCUGAAUAUAGGGAUGCUGAUUUCAAGACCAAAAAGAAAAUUAAUAGAGAAUCUAUGGUUUCGGUUAUGGAUGAUAAAAAGGUUGAUAAUGAACAACAUGAUGAUGUUACUGACGAAGUCCAAAAUGAGGAAGCAGUUAAGGCCAACUCCCGCGGCUAUGAAUUGCCUGAACCAGAUAUGGAAAGAUCUGAUUUAAGUGAUGAGUAUAUGAGUGAGAUCAGAAAAUCUAGAUUAUUGAACUCACAGUUGAACAUAAAUGCAAUCGUUAAUGGUGAAAAAGAAGUUAAGUCAAAAAAGAGACAGGAUAAAGAACCUAAAACUCUUAUUGGUGAUGUCAGAAUCCCAACAGUAACCAGAAAAUCAAGGUGUUUUACCAAUUCAAAUAAAAGAUUGUCUGUUUUAAGUAUGUACUCUACCAAGCAAUCGUAUCGUGAUUUAAAUUCAAUUUUGGGUGAUGAUGAAAACGAGAGUAAUGACGUAGAGGGAAAAUUGCCACAGUUAAGAACCAGUUUUGCUGAUAGAUUGGAUAGAGCUGGAUUACCAGAUGCUGAAGAAGGGGAAGACGAGCCAUUAGAUGAAGGUUCUAUCAUGGAUUUUGAUCAACAUCUCGCUAAUAAGCGUUCUUCGUAUUACGCUGGUGAUAGGUCAAGAAGGCAAUCAAGAUAUUCAACAGCCAAAAGAAAUUCUCAAGCACCAACUGCUGAUGUUCCAGCUAUUCCAAAGAAGUCAAACAAGGAACGUGAUAGAGAAGAUGAUACUUUCGUAACUAAAGAUGACGAUGUUCAUAGAAGAAAGAGUGCUUAUUCUGAAAAAGGUGCUAAGAAUAAUGAAGACGAAGAUAUGAUAUUUGAGAAUAUAAAAUUGCCUAACGAAGAUAGAAGACAAUCAGCACCUACUGCGAAGUCAAACAAAAAGAAGUCAUUCCAACCUAGUGCUGAGUCUAUGUUAAUACCUAAUGUUGAUAAUAUUCCUGAAGAUACUAAAACGCGAAAGCCAGAUCCACGUUCUCGGCCAUACGAAAAGGUUCGUAAACCUAAGGCUUCUAAUGGAGAAUUAAAAUCCACAGGGCCAGAAAGCCAAAUUAAAAAGCCAUUGGAAGAUACUACGAACGAGCCUAGGGAGAACCAAAAGAGAAAGGGGUCCAUUUUCCGUAAGUUAUCAUGGGGUUCCAAAAAAACAAUGGACAAUUCAACCGCUCAACUACCAUCUCCAGCAGAUUCUAGGGCUCCAUCAGUCGAAGAAAAGCCAAAAUCAAAAUCAGGAUUCUUUAGAUGGUUCUCAAGUAGUUCAAAUCAACCUGGUAUUGAAUCUGAGAUUAGACGGUUUAAGGCAAUCUUGCCGAAACAAGAAAUGUCAUCAGCUUUAUUUGCAUUAUUAAAUUCUUGGUCUAAUUUUGGAUUGAAAAAUUUAAGAAAUGAUACAGUUGGUUAUAAUAUAACAGGUGAAAUUUCAAAGAAUAAUGCGUUUAAUUUGAAGAAUUGUAAGUUCAGAAUAAAGGUUAAUCCAAGAGAAUUUAACCAAAAAUCUGAAAUCGUUUGUGCAAGAGUUAAAGGGUCGAAAGUUACCACUGAUACCUUAUUCAAAGAAAUUGAGAAGGUCUUACAAAAGGAAGGAGUUAUGGAUAUUUAA